GAUUUUUUUGCUUCGUAUUUAACAAACGACAGAAAAAGUUUAGAAUGCAAGCUGUGCGUCAGUGUUCAACAUGUGCCGUUCGGACUAUGGGACAACGUUUGGGCUCUCAAAGAGACGUUCCAAGCAGGAGAGGAGCAGCAUGCAGCCGUCUGCUUAGCAGCAGUCAUUCGGGUGUCCUCCUCAGCACCAGAAUGACUGCAAACAGGAGAUUGGCGCAGGGGAAAGAGUGUGCACACACAAGCGCUGCGCCUUUAAGCUUGAGCCAUCUUUGUUCAACUCCAUCUAUUCAGCAAACAGAGCACCUGAGUCACGACGCACUGAUCAGAAGGGCGACGUUACUGCUCACUGACGGCACCGGUACACUCCUUUCACAAAGUACCUACGCUCUGGUCGACGCCCUCGAAGCCUACACAAAGGCUGUGCACACACGGAUCGCCCUGCAGAGACGUUAUAUGACUUCGUUGGGAAAACUGACUUCAGCUGAGGAAGACUCGCUUCAGCAGGCCAUCUUUGAACAGAAAGCAGAGGUCAACGAACAUCUGGAUGAAUGUAAACGCUUUGAGACCACAUGGAUCAAGGCUGUUAAUCUCUGCAAAAUAGCAGCGGAGGUGGCCUAUGCAUCUGGAUCGGAGCAGGCGUCCGUCACGUUGACGGCCAACAUCCAACUGAUGCAGUCGCACGCCGACCAGGCCCAGCAAGCGGCGGCAGCUGUGGACAAGAAGCUGGCCGAGACCAAAGUGGAUGAGAUCCAAAGGAUGGCGGAGUACGUGGCCUCAUUGGAGGAGGCGGACGAGCUUGAAAUACAGGACGCUUACUUGAGAGAGGACUGAAGAGGACGUCCAAUUUGUAGUAGUCGUAUUUGUAAUUGAGUUGUUUCAUUCAGACAAAAAUAGUGCUUUUGCCACGAGGAACUAUGCUGAUGUACAGUAAGUGGAAGAGUGGAAGAGCCUAAUUUUUGACAAAUGUUUCCUUGUGAUAUCUCGGUGUCAAGGAACUCUGUUGAAGUGAGUUGGGGAGUCUCAUUAAGAUAGUGAUUCACUGUAAUCUUCGGGCAUCUUGGUAUCAGGAAACUUGAAGUGAGUGAAAUCGUUUCACAUGGACAAAAAUAAUUAAUUUUCACUAUUUUGUGACAAUUUGGUGUCAAAAAAAAUGGUGUUCUGAGUGGAAGAGCUACAUUUAGACAAAAGUUGUGCUUUGCUGCCUUCUAGUGGCAUCUACGGGCAAUUUUAAACCAUUGGGGCCUGGAGGGAAGGUUGUGGCCUUGUCCUCAAUUACUUGCCAGAUAGCCGUGGGCGUUCUUUGUAUUUAAUUGGUGAUUAUUUAUUUGAUUAGUAUUUAAUGGAGCAAAUGGACUGCAUUUGAUUAGUAUUUAAUCGAGCAAAUGGACUGCACAGUUAUUAAAACAGUUUCUAUUUCUAGUCACUUCAAAACACUGUUAAGACCAGGAUGAAUAUAUUCUAUCGACCCAUUCAUUUUCUGCACUCCUUGUCCUCAUUGCAGUGCAAGUAUCCAUGAUUAUUGCAGUAAAUUUAUAGCAAUAUUUGUGUUUUUAGCACAAAACUUAGUGAUUUGGUGGAGUCUGUUGUCUUGUCUAUAUCACUAUGAUCAGUAUUUUUAUGUCAUUGAUUGCAUUACGUUGUCAAAACUCAUCUGGAAAUGAGAAAUAAAAAUGUCCAUAAUUUAUGAUAUG